AUGGCCCCAGCUGAAUCGUCAGCUAGCGCUGCCCGCAAUGGCCUCAAGGCUGUCACAACAGGAGCUCCGCCCGACUACGAGCUGCCUUGGGUCGAGAAAUACCGUCCUGUCUUCCUCGAUGACAUCGUCGGAAACACAGAGACCAUCGAACGGUUGAAUAUCAUCGCGAAAGAUGGAAAUAUGCCGCAUGUGAUUAUCUCCGGAAUGCCGGGUAUCGGAAAGACGACUUCAAUUCUGUGUUUGGCGAGACAAUUAUUGGGCGAUGCAUAUAAGGAGGCAGUCUUGGAACUGAACGCUAGUGACGAGAGAGGUAUCGAUGUGGUCCGCAAUCGGAUUAAGGGAUUUGCCCAGAAGAAAGUCACGCUGUCCCCGGGCCGUCACAAGAUUGUCAUCCUUGACGAAGCGGAUAGUAUGACGCCUGGUGCUCAACAAGCGCUGCGACGAACGAUGGAAAUCUAUUCGUCUACCACGCGAUUUGCAUUCGCCUGCAACCAGUCAAAUAAGAUCAUCGAACCUAUUCAGUCACGAUGCGCCAUCCUUCGCUAUGCCCGUUUAACCGAUGCUCAGGUUGUCAAACGGUUGAAACAAGUUUGCGAGGCCGAGAAGGUGGAGCACACCGAAGAUGGAAUUGCUGCGCUGGUGUUUAGUGCCGAAGGAGACAUGCGUCAAGCGAUCAACAACCUUCAGAGUACAUGGUCUGGCUUCGGAUUUGUUAGUGGAGACAAUGUCUUCCGGGUUGUUGAUAGCCCCCAUCCUAUCAAGGUCCAAGCAAUGAUCAAGGCUUGCUGGGAAGGCAAGGUGGAUGCUGCCUUGGAAUCGCUGAAUGAGCUGUGGGACCUAGGAUACUCCUCUCAUGACAUCAUCAGCACCAUGUUUCGUGUCACCAAGACCAUCCCAACGCUGUCAGAGCAUUCAAAGCUGGAGUUCAUCCGAGAGAUCGGUUUUACCCAUAUGCGCAUUUUGGACGGCGUACAAUCCUUGCUUCAGUUGAGCGGUUGCAUAUCGAAACUCUGCAAGAUCAACAUGAAGCCACAGCUAUUUGAGCCUCCGAAGGCCUAA